UGCUGUGUGCUGUGUGCUGUGUGCUAUGUGCUGUGUGCUAUGUGCUGUGUGUUGUGUGUUGUGUGUGUGGUCGGUAUGGCGUGGUUGUUUUGGGUGCCGAGCGACGGUGCUGGGUAGGUAUGGAGUAUGGAGACCACACGGUUACCCGCUGUUGCCCAGAAUACGAGGCUCGGUAUCUGGUUUAUGUGCAGGCGCUGCGGUGGCACGAGAUGUGAAAAGCGGGACUCGAGUGAGAGAGGCGGAUAGGGAGUAAAAGGUGGAAUGACACGAAAACUAGGUUAACGGUGGAAUGGGUGCCUGGUGUACAGGGAACUGCCAAGCACGUCAUUAGGAUCGGACGAAAUUUUCACAAUUCGCAAAUCGAGGUAGACAAUCAGGGAGCCCGCGACAUGCUUCCGCCCCACCGCCCACUGUUGUUUAAAUUUAACCAUUGCAAAUCUGCUGACCAUGGGAGAAGAGGGAGACGUUGGAAUCACCAGGUACCGGGACUGGAAGCAACAGGGCGUAACUGCACGCUGA